AAUAAUUUGAAAUAUAAUUUAUCAUUAUUUUAAAGAAAUAUUUAAUUGCAAUUAUAUAUGAAUAUUUAAUUGUAAUUACUUUGUCAAUGAUGUUAUGGAACUUGUAAAAAAGCUGUAAUAUAAAAAAUAAAAAAUCUGACAAAAAAGAAAUAUUAUUUAAACACAACACGUUUGUUAAUUAUAGAUAUGGGUCUCAACGUUUUAAGCCUUUAUCCAACUAGAGUUUCUAUAAUCUGUAAAAGCCACCAUGACAUUAUAUCAUACAUAUAACAUCCAUCAUUAUACUGUUUCUUGUUAUUCUGGACACUGACUCGCAUAUACUUUUAGUUAAAUUAAAAGAAGAAUGCCAGGAACAUUUUACCAUCCCCAGAUGAAUGAUACCCAGUAUUGUCAGUGAUUUACUCUUGUUCUAACAUACACCACCGCUGAUUGAUUGCCCGUCGCUGGCCCUGAGACCACGCCAGAACAUCAGUCCCAGCUGUCACGGACCCUCUUUUAGAUACAGAACGUACCCCGUCACACUUUUGAUUUACAGCGAUGACACAUCCUCCCGUCUUCACACCUGAUUAAAAGUAUCCCAUCUGAUGAGCCUCCAGCAGAAGCGCCUUUGGUCAGGCAGGAGCAAACACGCACCAGGAUCAUUCCCUCAGUGCCAUGGACAGACUAUCCUCAGGAAGUCUUCUUCCACGACUUGCUUUUUUACUUCUGAUUGGUGCUCUCAACGUUCAUACAAGAAGCCUUGCAAGUCCAGUCAGCCGGGUUUUCCAUUCAAAGGAUGAUUCAGACAUCCAGAACCAGAUUUUGGCAUUUCUGCUACGAAAAAACAUCAUGCCUGUGCAAGAAAAGGAUGUAAUAGGACUCGAGCUGGCCAGAAAAAUCGCAGAGCUGCAGGAGCUUGCGGCCCUUCAAGAGGAGCUAAAUGUAGAAAGAAAAUUGGUGUCAAACGCAAUAGAAAAAGAGAGAUCGAUGACCAGCAAAAGAGAUGAUGCCUGUUUCUGGAAAUACUGUGUUUGAGGAUCUUAAAGUGAAGAACCAGGGGCAAGAAAAUCUGCAAAAUCAUCUAAUGCCUUAAGAUGUGUCAAACGAGCAGAACUUUUUAAGAUAUGGAAUUAUAUGUAUUCAUAAUGUAUCAUGAUCGUUAUAAUGUAUUCAUGACUUUACUCUUAUAACAAAAAUGUAUUUUAUGUAAAUAUCAUAUCAA